AUCAAACCGUUUUGAGAUGUGAUUGGAUCUCAACGGCUUCACAUUGGAGAGUCCGCAUCUCAUUGGCCAGGCGCUUUGGUUCGCUGAGGAGGGAGCCAGGAAGUUUGUCUCAGCUGGAAGGAACGGUGGUGAAAUACCAAGGGAGAUCCAGUGUAAGAGAUGCGAGCAACGUUGCGCCUGGCAGUAGUGGCAAUCCCGAUGGGUGUGCUGCUGUCCCGGACCAUGGCGUGGAUGUCCAGUGGCAAAACACAUCCAGAGCUCAUCAGCAGGCUAAGGGAUCAUGGGGUGAUCCACAGUGACCGCGUGUUUGAUGCCAUGCUGGCUACAGACAGAGGGCUCUACUCUAGAGACUAUCCUUAUGCAGACUCUCCUCAGUCCAUAGGCUACAGGGCAACCAUCAGUGCACCACACAUGCAUGCUCAUGCAUUGGAGCUGUUAAGUGACAAACUAACUGAAGGGGCAUCUGCGCUGGAUGUGGGUUCAGGAAGUGGAUAUCUCACUGCCUGCUUUGCAAGGAUGACAGGACUCAGUGGUAGAGUAGUUGGCAUUGAACACAUCGACGAACUAGUUCAAAAGUCAAUAAAAAAUGUGCAAGCUGACGACCCAGAACUGCUCACCUCUGGGCGCAUCAGACUUGUAGUGGGAGAUGGAAGGCUCGGCUACACAGACGGAGCGCCGUAUGACGCCAUUCAUGUUGGUGCAGCUGCAGCUACUGUUCCUAAGGCUCUCUUGGAGCAGCUGAAGCCUGGUGGGCGGUUGGUUCUCCCAGUGGGCCCCGACGGUGGCAGUCAGGUGCUGGAACAGUACGAUCGGCAGAGUGAUGGGACCUUUCUCAAGAAAGCUUUGAUGGGAGUGGUUUACGUCCCCCUGACUGACAAGAGGCGUCAGUGGCCUGGAGGUGAGCUCUGACUGCAGUGUGGUUGCCCCUGCAGGAGGUGGCGUUGGUGCUGCAUCUCCGGGGCCCCGUAGUACUCCUCAUGGUUUCACUGAGCUCCAGUCUUAAAGGCCACCUGCACCGCUGGGUUGUCACCUAGCAACGUACAAGGAGGAUCUCGCUCUGUUUGCCCGACCACAUUGUCUUCCAACAGUGCUAAAACAGUCAGUGACUGAAUGAGCGACCACCGCUGGACUGAUGACCUUACUCCCAGAAUCCUUGGAGUCAGUUAGAGAGUGAUGAGGAUAUUGUGGAUGACAAAGAAAGGUUGUCUGAGAUUAAAGUGAUUCACAAUAUUAUUUAUGGGUAAGUCUGUGAAGUUCAGCAAUGAGAAAAAUGCAAUAACAGCUUGAGGAGCUACAGAAUGUGCUCUUUUGCAUGCUUGUGGGAAAUUCAGAUAAAUGGUACAUUUGUGUGUAAUCUCAUGGGAAUGCUGAAUGCAGCAACACAUAAAGACAACCCAAGUACAAGCCAAGGAAUUUAAAUGAAAAUUCAGCAAAUUAACAAAGUAGUAUAUAUUUUUCUGUAAGAACCUAUUCUUACUUGCCUCAUAUACUGUAUGUGCAGGAUAUGUCCUGUUUGACAUUGUGCCAAAAAUGUAUUAAUUAAGGCACUUACAUUUUUGAAACUAUACAAAUAUUUAAAUAUGUGUACACUUUUAAGAUUUAUCAAUAAAACCCACUAAAUGAA